UUCAGCACUUUUCUUCUCCAAAUCAGUCAUCAUUCCACUUCCUGACUCCAUCGCUCACUUCCCUUCUCUUUCAGAGUUGGAUUCUUUGAGUUUCCGGAAGAUAACCUCUAGCUGGACUGGAUUUUGAUUUUCUGGAAAGGUCAAUUUGAGAAGGUUUAGUUAUAUUUCCCAUGAUAUAAAGAUGAAGAAGCUGUUCUUUUUCAGAUCAAGUACUUCUAGUGCUGGGAAUGACAUCUCCCCACCAUCAAAGGACAAAGAGUGCAAUUGGGAAAAAAGAGUAGACACCCUUGAAAAGUCUAGAAGUAGAAAACAAAGUUUAGAACAUUACAAUUUUGGCGAUACCCCAUCGCUUAGAAGGAGUCUAUCUUUUUCAUCUACAUCGGUUGACAAUGGAGUGGCACUACGGAAUCUUGAGGAUGGAAGUGAGUCCAUAAGUCGUGGUAGUGCUCAACUUAGGAAAUCAGGCCGUCGUGCAGCUUGUGACCGAGCACGUAGUACUGAGAGGCAGCCACAAUCCAAGCACUCAAUUGGUGUUGAAACUUCUUACAAAGUGAGGAAUGAUUAUAGUUCUUCAUUCAUACCACCCAAUGACUUCUCAGACAACUCUUCCCACAGCUCAAGUAACGUUUUAGACCGUUAUAUAGACGGGGAGCAAGCGUUUGAAAGGAGUGGAUCAAGUAACGAAUUGCCUCCAAAAGUCCAUCAUAUGGCACCUGGUUCACCACCAAACAUUAAGAAACAAAAUCCUAAAUGCCGAUCUUUCAGAGAGAAUGCAGGAACACAAUUGUAUCUGUCUUCUUGGGAGUUGAUGGAGAAUGGUGUUGGGCAUGAAUCUCCUAGAAAACUUGCCAGAAAAGUGGUUGAGAGGCUUUCUCAAUCCCAAUUGCUUUCUGAGAAGAUUUCAAAAGAAUUUGAUGUUCAUACUCCGAUUACAAUUGAAGAUAUCUAUAAGAGGAAUGGAAGUAGACAUUCUAAUGUAUGUUCUGAUGGCAUAUCUCAGAAUCACUAUUCAAUAAAUGGAUUGAAUGACACAACCAGUGAGUAUCAUGGUGAUUCGGUUCCGAGCUUACAAGAAAGGAACUUUUUCUCAAGUGCUAAUUUCAGCACCGAGAAAACUCUUUAUGCUGUGGAGGAUUCAGAUUUUGAACUGUAUAAAAAGUUCAAAGAAGCUGAUGAACGGGCAAGGAUGCUCUCUGAAGAUCUUGAGGAACUGAACUUUUUUCAGCGCGAAGAACUCAAUGUUCCUGCAUUGAUUCAGAAGAUUAGAGAUCUGACUGAAGAAAAGUUAAAAAUGGCCAUUGAGGUUUCAGAUGCUCUGAAAGAACAAAUUACUGAGAGAGCUUCUGCCAAAGAAGAGAUCGGAUCGUUACAAGAUAAACUAGAUACUCAAACUCGAAGGUUGGAGAUGGAGAAGAACGAGUUGCAGUCUUCACUGGAAAAGGAGUUGGACAGAAGAUCAAGUGAUUGGUCUAUCAAGCUUGAAAAGUAUCAAACAGAAGAACAUCGGCUUCGUGAAAGGAUCAGGGAGCUUGCUGAGCAAAAUGUUUCUCUUCAAAGGGAAGUGUCUUCCCUCAGCGACAAGGAUGAGGAAAAUAGGAGUAGCAUAUCAUAUUCAGAAAAACAACUUGGUGAUCUUACACGGAGUGUGGAGGAGAAAAGAGAGAGGAAUAUGAUUUUAGAGCGAAAUGUUCACGAGCUUGAAGAGAAAUACAAGGUAGCACACGAGGAGCAAUGCUGCAUCAGAAAGAACUAUGAGGACAAGGUGAAAGAAUGCAAAGACUUGCAUAGAUCCAUUGCCAGAUUACAAAGGACUUGCAGUGAACAAGAGAGGACAAUCGAUGGACUACGAGUGUUCUAUGAGGAAGUUAGCAAGAAAAACACAAUGGGAGAUUUUGAUAUUGAAUUAUCAAAGUUGAGAAUGGAACAAAUGAGGUUGGUAGGAGUGGAGUGUAGUCUAAGGAAAGAAGUUGAGUCUUACAGGGUUGAAGUUGAUUCACUUCGGCUUGAGAACAUACAUUUAUUGGAACGCUUAAAUGGAGGUAAGGCUGAGGAUGGACUCUCAACAUUUAAGCUAGAUCAAGAGUUGCAAAACCGUGUGUGCUGCUUGGAAACCCAAGGGCUAUCUUUACUUAAAGAAAGCACCAUUCUUUGUGGAAAGUUGUUAGAAUGCAUCAAAGCUAAUGCAGGAGACAUGGAUGGUCAAUUCAUCGUUGAAUCUGAUAUUCGAAUUCUCAAGUUUAGGAGGGGGGUUGAAAAUCUAGCAAGGAGCUUACAGAAUGUUAUGGAUGUGUUCCAUGAUAAGUCUGAACCUCAGUUACCUUGUUUAGAGAGUAGAAUAUGCCAAUCAAAUGAUAAGAAUCCAGAAAAUAUAAUGAGGUCUGAGUUAAAAGCAGAGACUUUGCUUACACGUUUGUUGAGGGAGAAGCUUUAUACGAAAGAAGUAGAUAUAGAGCAACUUCAAGCUGAGCUGGCAGCUUCUGUCAGGGUUAAUGACAUGCUUAAAUGUGAGUUACAAAAUGCACGAGAUGGCCUUUCGUGUCUUACCCACAAGAUGAAAGACCUUGAACUUGAGAGGAUCAAGAAAGAUGAAAAUAUAGAUCAGCUUCAGAUUGAUCUCCAAGAGUGCAUGAAGGAACUGACAAUGUUGAAGGGGAUACUACCCAAAGUAACACAGGAGAGAGACUUAAUGUGGGAGGAGGUUAAGCAUUACAGUGAGAAGAACACGUUGAUGAAUUCUGAGAUGAAUGCAAUAAAGAAGAAGAUGGAAACACUGGAUGAAGACAUACUCCUCAAAGAAGGUCAGAUCACAAUCUUAAAAGACACACUUGGCAAGCGGUUCGACCUUCUCUCUAGUCCUGGUUCUACAAAGGACUUUUUGCUUGAUUGACAGGUUCUGUUUUUUUUUAUUAUAUAGAAUAUAUCAGCUAUGUUCCUUUACUUGUAUAUUGCUUGAUUUGGAAGUACUAGUAUAUGCUCAAUGCAAACUUCAUCUUUCUGGUAAAAAUAUCGGGCUUCCCACUUUAUAGGAGCCAUAAUCGAACCUUCCAAAGGGAGGUUUUUCUUUUUUUAUAUCUGCACUCGUGUUUCUUGAUUUAUUUCUUCCAGCACUCUCUGAUGCCACAAGGUUGUGAUUGG